CGAGUAUUUCGUCAAAACGAGGCGGAAACGUGAACAAGUUUAGUUUUUAUAUACAUAUAUUUGCUGGGGACUAAAUGUGCGCAAACUAUUUGCAUAUUUUGGACUGUGAUUAUUUGUGAUAUUUAGAAUGUCCUUGCAAACGGGUCUGGCAUUCAUUUUCACAAUAUUAGCCUCCGUUAGCAUUGUAGCUGCCAUUAUUUUGUUGGGCUGGUUUUUGAUUUGGAAGGCCUUUCUCUCAAAAUUUCGUCUGGUGCGCGAACUUUUGGGCCAAGAGGAGCCGGAGGAGCAGCAGCUUGUCGGUGGGGAGCAAAAUCAAAACGCACGAGCACGAAAAGCGCGACGUGACUAA